CAUGAAUGUCAGCUGAUAUACACUGCCUGACCAACAUGGUGGACACAGAAAGCCUGCUUUGUCCCCUCAAUCCCUUAGAGGAGGAGGAUCUUGGAAGCCCUUUAUCUGGAGAAUUUUUACAAGACAUGGAGAGCAUAAAGGAACUCUCUCAGUCCAUCAGCGGGGAUAGCUCAGGAGCAUUGAGCAUUACGGAUUUCCAGUCUUUGGGAAGUGGGCCUGGAUCCGAUGGAUCAAUCAUUACAGAUUCUCUUUCACCAGCAUCAAGUCCUUCAUCUGUGAAUCUUGUAACGGCUCCCGGUAGCAAAGACGAGCCGCCUGGUGCAACGUUGAACAUCGAAUGUCGAAUAUGUGGAGAUAAAGCUUCCGGAUACCACUAUGGAGUACAUGCUUGUGAAGGUUGUAAGGGCUUCUUUAGGCGGACAAUCAGACUCAAGCUAGUCUAUGACAAAUGUGACCGCCACUGCAAAAUUCAGAAAAAAAAUCGUAACAAGUGCCAAUAUUGUCGUUUUCAAAAGUGCCUUUCCGUCGGAAUGUCUCAUAAUGCCAUCCGGUUUGGUCGUAUGCCAAGAUCAGAGAAAGCAAAACUGAAGGCUGAAGUCCUGACAGGUGAUCACUGUGUGGAAAAUCCUGAAAUGGCAGAUCUUAAAUCACUUACCAAGAGAAUUUACGAAGCCUAUUUGAAGAACUUUAAUAUGAACAAGGUGAAAGCCAGACUCAUCCUUGCCGGGAAAGCCAGUAACAAUCCACCGUUUGUUAUACAUGACAUGGAUACGUUAUGUAUGGCGGAGAAGACACUGGUGGCGAAGCUGGUGGCCAACGGAAUCCAGAACAAGGAGGCCGAGGUUCGAAUCUUCCACUGCUGCCAGUGCACCUCGGUCGAGGCUGUAACAGAACUUACCGAAUUUGCCAAAUCUAUUCCUGGCUUCUCGAGCCUAGACUUGAACGAUCAGGUGACACUGUUAAAAUAUGGGGUGUAUGAAGCCAUUUUUGCCAUGUUAGCUUCCGUAAUGAACAAAGACGGGAUGCUAGUAGCCUACGGAAAUGGUUUCAUAACGCGAGAAUUCCUCAAAAGUUUAAGGAAGCCGUUUUGCGACAUCAUGGAGCCGAAGUUUAAAUUCGCGAUGAAAUUCAACGCAAUGGAACUAGAUGACAGCGACAUCUCCCUUUUCGUGGCUGCUAUAAUUUGUUGUGGAGAUCGCCCGGGCCUUGUAAACAUAGGACACAUCGAAAAGAUGCAGGAGAGCAUUGUGCAUGUACUGAAACUUCACUUGCAAAGCAACCACCCUGACGACAUCUUCCUUUUCCCAAAACUCCUGCAGAAAAUGGCAGACCUCCGACAACUUGUCACGGAACAUGCUCAGCUUGUUCAGAUAAUCAAAAAGACUGAAUCUGAUGCGCAUUUACAUCCUUUGCUGCAAGAAAUCUACAAGGAUAUGUAUUAAGGCCUUGGGGGAUUGGUGCGAUAACAAAAGGACAUUAGCAAUAUCGAUAAGAUGGGAACAAACGACUUUGCACAAUGAUCUCUGCUGUGCUUUGAUUUCGAAUCAUGAGUGAAGCUAAAACGGAGUUUAACUGGAAUUUCUCUGGCCAGGGUUAUUUUUGUACUUCGGAUAGAUUUGUCGUGCGUACAAAUAUGGCAAUAAUCCGGGCUGACUGAAAAUGUGGGCAGCAGUGGGUAAUCGGUUCUGCUGGAUCUGAACUCUGCUGAUGCAGUGGUUUUCAACCUCUCCAGAUGGGACCCGCUAAGCAGCUACAAAAGCGUGAGAGAAGUCACAUGGCAUGACAUCAAUGUGGACAUGUCAUCAGUCACAUGAUAGGAAGAGCCAAAGUGAUGACCUCACCGAGGCCAGGCCGUAGGUAGCGGAUCAAGAAAGCUUUUUCUCAGCUUGUAUUUCCAUCCGGAAGAGAUAGUGAGCGUAGGUGUCUUUUUCAGAGAGACACACAUGUACCACCCCAAACACUAUCGCUGGCCUUCUCUCCCCCGUCCCCUGUCCCCACCAGUUCUCUGAUUCUGGCAUGGACCCUUCACAGGGAGGAGCUACUGCAGAACAUUAGAGGAGCCACGUUUAGAGUGGCGUGGGCAACAGAGACAAAAGGCAGGAGACAUUUUUGUAAGAAGAGGGGGUGGCUCUUGAAUCUGCCUCGACUAAAAACGAAUUCUGACCAUCAGAUGCCCUCUUGGCAUGCAUCCAAGGACAGGCAGUCGAUUCUUCCAUAACUCUGCAAAAAAAUAAGCUAAAGCUGCUCCGUAGGGCCUGAUGACCCAGCCGAUGGGGCCUCAUGAGGCACUUGAGGGUCCUGAUCCAAGGGGUUGAAGACCACUGUACUAAUAAGGAGUUUUGAAGUUUCUCACACUUCAGCUCUUCAUUGUUACUACUGUAGGAAGGCUAGCAGUCCUGACUGUUCCUGUAGCUGUGGCAUCCCAGGUUGCAUUGCAAACUACAUUUGAUACUUGCUCAAAAGUGGAUCUGGCAUGAUAGAGGACGGAGGAUGCUUCAGAAUUCAAAUGUGCCACAGGUCACAACCCAUUCUCUAGGUGCAUCUAGAGUAACUUUUUGGGUCUUGGCUCCUAUCGCAAACUGAAACCUAUGCAGUUGACGCUAAACCAAGUGUUCACAGAUUCUGUUUUUUAAGCUCUUCAUCAUGGCUUGUGCUGUUACCUAAGACAUACCUGUGCUGUCUUUAUCUAUGAAGUGGCUUAAUAGUCAUACUCGCCCCCUGGUGACCCCCAGGAACUAAUUCUGUCAGAGUGCCCAUGAAUUUCUAGCAAAGUUCUCUGCUCCUUCACUGUACUACAACUCCCAAGAUACUUUGGGAGAGAUAUGGCCUUUAAGUGGGCGUGAACUUUAAAACGUAGGCUUGCCGGCGGAUCUCCUCGUGCCAGAUUCAUGCACUCUCCCCGUACAGACGAUUUCCCCCCCCCCCCAAGGGCUACAUCAUGCAUUCUUAAGAGACCCCUGGAGUAUAGCCACUGAUGCUAUAAUAUUUGAAGUGGCUAUAUUUUGGCUGUGUGUGCGCGUUUAGUGUAUAUUACUGUUAUAAACCAGGGUGUUUUUUUUAAAAAAAGCAGACAAAACAAGUAGUUUUUUUCAAAUGGUACUGUUCUAGGAGGUGUACAUUUAGCAGAAUGUGUGCAUUCAAAUCUUUCUUUGUUCUGUACCUUUAUGGCUAACCGUCUGAUGUGAGUGGAUAACAAUUCUGAAAAGGAUUGUGAAACUUUUAUUUAUUUUGUGAUGCAUUUUACAGAAUCACGGUUCACAACUGUAAAUCAAUAUUGAUUGGGCGGGGGGGGGGGGCAGAAUCCCUUCAGUUGAUGAUAAGUAUUCAGGUUUAAUCUUUCAUGGUCUUUCAGUAAGAUAUGUGUGUGUCGCAGGGAGCAGGGGCAUUUGUUUAAAUAAUGAAAAGUGGGGAGGGGAAUUACAAGAUUGUUCUCCCCCCCCAUAAAUCUAUGUGCCUUCUUGAUUGAUUGACUAAGUGAUCAGUUGAUCGAUUUAGAAAAUAACCUCUGCAUACCAAAAAUAAAUAAAUAACCAGGUUUGUCUAAAGUCCCCAGAAGGAUUUGAUAGGUCAAAAGCUUUCCGUUGGUAUAAUGUGAUUCAGACAAUUAACCUGUGCCUAGAGAUGGUAGCUGAGGAUGAUUUCUCAAGAUACUGAGAAAACUAUUUUCCUGGAGAAUUGAUCUCUGGACUUGCAGAUCGAGGGGAGAAGCUAUGUUUUUUCACCCACUUCAUACCACAUUUGUUUUUGCAGAUGUCGACAUUCUGUUGGUUUCUAAUUGACCAGGAGUACUUCUGGUGCUUCUCUGUCUCGCAUGCCCUUCUCUGCAGUGCGUUUGUUUGUAGUCCAAAAUAACUUAGAAUGCACUCUGCAGGGUGUCCCCCGCCCCCCACUUUGGUUUGUCUGUUCAUCCAGUAUAGGUAUUUCACCAUUCUUAGCUGCAACUUGUGAAGUGCAAAUGCAGAAAGAACUCUAAGAGCUUGUAGGAACUUCAGCAAUAGACUAGCGUGCAGGAGUGUCCAACUCUGGCACUUCAGAUGUUCACGGACUACAAUUCCCAUCAGCCCCUGCUAGCAUGGCCCAGUGACGAAGGGAGGGGGAACU